CAUGCCCUCUGUUUAAUAUAACGAUCAUAUGUAUUGCUGGGACGAGCUUGUUAAGAAUAUUUUGAAAUGAUGUUCUAAGAAGUUCUUUCGAUAUGAAUUCCAAGAUCUCAGAAGAUGAAAAUUUGGAAAGACUUCGUCAAUCACGCAAACUUGGUUUGUGCCAAAAGCUAUCAAAUCAGUAUAAGGCUUGCUACCUCGAAGGACUAACUCCGUUUGAUAGGUCCCAGAAGUUUGAUGGUGGCUUUUUUGAAAAGUUCAUUUCAAUUGAUUGGAAAGAACUAGGAGAAGGCGAUGGUAAAAAUGCAGUCGAUAGUACACAGAUUGAGGACCUUCCAGAACCAGGUGACUUAGACAAGAUAGAGGAAGGGUGUGGUGAUGUUCAAGAAGUGCUGUCUGAUGGGAAAUCCUCAACUUUAUCACAAAAACAGAGAGAAGCAUUAUACUGCGAGGCACUUUACACAAUAAUUCACCAGGUUGGUGCCAAGCACAGCUCUUUGGAUCCUUCAAAUGGUGAACUGUAUGUUUACUUACAAGAGGUUUUGAAGAUUUCUCAGGAGAAACACAAAGAGUUGUAUGCCAAGACAAAGGACAGAGAGACUCCAAGAUUUUACUUAAAAGUUGGAGUCAUCGAAGCUCGAAAUUUGGAAGCCAAGGACGCAAAUGGUUUAAGUGAUCCGUACUGUAUGAUCGGUUUGAUGUCUGACAGUGCAGAAAUAGAAGCGAAAAAGGGCAACGCAGGAAAGAAGCUAAAGAAAUCAAGAACUUUAAGAGAAUUACUUAAAAAUGAAGCAAUUCAGAUGACUACUGUGAGAGAGAACACUUUGAAUCCUGAAUGGAACGAGACCUUUACAAUGGAGGUAAAUAACGUGUCUAUGGACGUUCUACACAUCGAUAUUUGGGAUUGUGACGAUAAGGAGAUGUUGUCAGAUCAAGAUAAUAAAGUUACAAAAAUCAAAGGUUUUCAUGGUGUCGGAAGAUAUUUCAAGGAUGUGGUUCAGUCAGCAAGAGCAACCGAAAAUGAAAGCACAGAUGAUUUUCUUGGAUAUUUGGAAUACCGAGUUAAGGAUAUUCCAAGCGAUGGCCUUGAUGAGUGGGUUAAACUAAAAUCCAAGUCUUCAAAGUGCCGUGUUAGUGGUGAUUGUCAUGUCAAAGUCUCUCUGUCAUCAGGCAAUCGUCCUGAUCUUCCACAAGAAGUUCUGUCCAUGUACCCAACAUUCUCUGACGUCUAUGGAGCACUGUUACAUGAGUUUGCAGCUUAUGACCUGGACCAAGCCAAAAUGAUGGAAGAGCAAAAGUGGGAAGGUCAAUUAUCAAGUCAUGCACACUUUAUUCUACAUCAGCUUGCAAUACAGAAUGAUCUAACACCUCUUCAAGAGGCUGCAAUGCGAUGGAGAUUUCUUUCUCAGCUUCACUGGGAAAAUCCAAUUCAAUACGACACGCUGUGCUCGCUGGCUCAAGAUGUCAGCAAACAUUGGAAACCUGGAAAACUGUCAGAAAGAGAGGAGCGUUCCUUACUCAAGAGCUUACGAUUAUUCGUAAAUAACUGCCUUCAGCUACUUAUCAAACAUCGUGACUUGUAUCCACCUAUUGACAAUGCAAGAUUUGGCAGGCUCGUUAACCUCGUAGAGUGUUUGCAGGCUGUCUGCGAAAUGGAUGUCUAUCAAGAAGACAACCACGAACCUUUGUCUCAAACCCUUGUUAGUAUCAUCAAGGAAUCGGCUUCCAUCUGGUACAAUAAGAUCCAUGCUUGGAAUGAGCCUCAAGAAUCCUCAUACGAUGCAAAGCUGUCGAGUAUGAUACGACUCGCUGAAUGUGUACUGACAGACUUCCUAAGAGCAUUGAAAUUCUACAAUAAGGUUUUUUUCAUAGUUGGAGUUAACUACUUUUCCUUAACCUAUUGUCAGCUGGAACUCAUGUUGGCAAACGAUGUAAGGCUGCUUAUGGAAUCGGUGAAGCAAAGUAUCAGACAAAGUGCUGAUGAUCAACAAGAUGUCGUUGGUGAAAAGCUCUUUGCUCUGUACUUGGCCAUUCGAGAAUUGAUGUCUUACCGAGAACAUGUUAAAACAAGUGACAAUCAAGUUCAUGGCUUCGAUGAUUUCCACCUUUGGUUCAAGAGCGCUGUAGUCAGAUGGCUUGACAUUGCUCAAAGCAAAGCCAAGGAUCGUAUUGCUAAAGCUAUUGCUAUUGAUAAGUUCUUACGUGUAGAUCCAAGUGUCAUGCAUUCAACGUCUGCUGUAGAUACAGUAGGGUGUUUCCAUCAGAUUCUUGAAUUUUGGAAGAACCUUGACUGGCCUGAUGUCGGCUGUUCCUAUAUGUUCGUUACCCAAUUGAUCAACAUCAUUUGUGUAAAUGCUUUAUAUUAUGCUGACUUGGUGUUCGAGAAGAUGAUCAAAGAAGACUUCUAUGAUAGCGACCCAACACAGUUUGAUGUCAGUGAGCAGCUUUGCGUGACCUUGAAUGAUAUUGAAUAUAUUCGCCUGUGGUUAGAAAGACUUCCUACGAUUCUUGGCAUAGAUCAAGUUGUUUCCGCCAUGACACGCGCGCAUGGUGAAAAUAGCGGGAAGCACGCCAAAACGUCAAUAGAUACUGUGAUUAGUAGUGCCGAUGAAGACAUGUUAAACAAGAUUGCUAAGAUCAUCGGACAUAUUGGACAGAAGAUGGCUGUUGAUAUCAAGAAAUUUGUGAUUCAGUUGUCAUGGGAACAAAAUCCAAAGCCUGCCGAUGAGGCCAUAGGUCCUCUCUUGCAGUACCUGGACGAUGAUUUAAUGAUCUUGAAUAAGAGCCUCAUGAAAUCUGUGUUCAAGGAAAUUCUGGAGUUCAUGUGGGAAGUCGUUGUAGAAAAUUUUAGCRACAUGGUGAAGUCAAGUCGUGGGAACCCUCCUGAGUUCUUCACGAGACUUCAACAAUCUAUUGAGAUAAUCAAAGCGUUUUUCCACGCCGAUGGCGUUGGCUUGCCCAAUGAGCAACUGACUGGAGGGCUGUACAAGUCUCUGCAGACCACCUUGACAAUUCGCUGCAUGUCAACCAAUGAGCUGAUUCAGAUGUACUUCGUGGAUUUGUGUGAACGUCAGGACAAGUCCACGGAAACGUAUGGAGCGGUAACAAUCCGAGCACUCUACGACAAAGAAAAUCGGAAGUUACUAGUGGAAGUAUUAAAUGCACGAAACCUGGUCGCCUUAGAUACAAACGGUUUGUCGGAUCCCUACGUGGUGUUACGACUGCAACCAGCCCAUAUAUUUGGUCGAGAAGAAAGAAAAACUAAAGUGGUCAAAAAUACGCUUUUCCCUUUGUUUGACGAAACGUUUUCAUUCUCAGUUACGCCAGAACAAUGUAGGAUGAAAGGGGCUUGUUUGUCCUUGAGGGCCUUGGAUUAUGAUAUGAUCAGUAAUGAUGAUAUCGAGGGGCAAGCAUUUCUUCCACUCAAUAUCUUGGCUGGUCUAGACUCACCUAUGCAAGGAGGAUUCGCCAAUGAACCACAGAUAACCCUUAAUCUUAUUCAUCCAACCCCUGAUGGGGUGGCCUUUGAAAUUCUUGAAUGUCGAAAAGACAAAGAAGCUGAAACAUUCGUCAAAAACGAAAAGCUGACCUACGAAAAGAUACGCAGUGCACAUUCUUAGGUGCAGUGAUCUUCUUUAAAUUAGAAUAUAUAAGAUACGGUUAAAUUUAUAUAAACGCUGUAUAAACUGCUGGUAAAAUGGUCCAGUGUUCAUAUGAUGAGGACAGCCUUCCUUCUAUGUAAUGUAAAAUCGAGAAAAGUUUUCAUUAAUCGUCAGUGUUACAGCAUGACAACAUUCUCAAGGUAAAAGUUGUCACUGGUUAAAAAAUAAAUUAAGGUUUAAAAAAAUAAAGUAAUAUGAUAAACUGAAACUUUUGUAAAGAAAGAAUUCUAAUAAAAUGUUCAACAUUA